AUGGAAAAAGUCAGGAUCUACAAGGAGGCCCUGAUGAAGGUCGAAGCUACCGACCUCGAUAUAGAUACCGACAAACCAUCCACUAGCAAGAAUUGGCAUAUGCAAACUGAGGUAUCCAGGAAACAGCAAACUCAAAAGGAAGUACUGUUUUCACGAAGUGGUUCAACCUCAAUGGACUAUCUGGUAGAACUUGUGAGUAAAAGAGCUCUAGUGUUAAAGCGGCACAUUGAAGAGGUGCAUGCCAAUCUAGAGCUCAGCAACCAGGAGGAAACUCUAGAUAGCAAAGAAACACUAGAGUUCCUCUGGAAUAAAGUCCAGUCUACGCUUACCGAUUUGGAAGUAAAAUAUGAUAUACCUUCCCAUGAAAUCGACGGCAUAGACGCAUUGGAGCUUAAAGUCCAUACAUUGUCGAAGAAACUUAACAGGAAGUUAAGUGUCUUUCACAGUAUGAAAGAAGACGUUCCAGAGAUGCCAAAAUCGGAUCUUCCUCAAUUUAAUGGAAGUCCCAAAGAAUGGCCAACGUUCUUCAACUUGUUCUCCGACAUGGUUCACAAAAGGAAGGAUAUCAGCGACACAAGGAAGCUGAACUACCUGAAAUCAUGCCUCAAAGGAGAUGCCCAAAUGGUAGUGAGCCAUUUGUUAAGUGGAUCAGCUGCUAGCUACAAUUCGGCGUGGGAACUUAUAUGUAAGCGCUAUGAAAAUAAGCACAAGAUAUUCGCAAACGCCGUUAACCAGCUAGUGGACAUGGAACUGCUGGAAAACAAUGAUGAAAGCAGGAUCCGCCAAUUCUUGGAUACAGCAAAUGAGAAUAUUCACAUCGUUAAAGAAGUAGCCCAAAUUGGUAACGAUGCUGAUGUACUAAUCGCUCAAAUUUUGCUACGAAGAUUCUCGACGGAAGUCCUACAACUUUACGAGCAACAUGUAAAGAGGGCCAGAGAAAUUCAGUCCUUGAAAAAUGUACUCGAGUUUAUUGAUCAACUAUACAAUUCAAUAGACACAGUACAGAUAAGGGCCGUCUAG